GGUUGAUCUUCAGUGAGCACACGAGCAGUCGCGCGUGCAGAGCUCAGCGGUUGGACCACUUGUUGAGUUCACAACAGUUCACCAUUGCUCUAUUUAAAGAGACAACAACAUGGCACACGGGCUGGUCAGACAGGAGUCUGUGGAAACCGAGAUGCACAAGUCUGAAACCAAAAAAAAAACGUUUGUUUUCACCAAGAAGAGGGGCUACGAUGUCACCCGAAACCCCCACCUCAACAAGGGCAUGGCGUUCUCCCUGGAAGAGCGUCUCCAGCUGGGGACCCACGGCCUUCUGCCUCCCUGCUUCAUCAGCCAGGAUGUCCAGCUGCUGCGGGUGCUCAAAAACUAUGACAUGCAGAAAGACGACCUGGACAGAUAUGUGUUUCUGAUGGGGCUCCAGGACCGCAACGAGAAGCUCUUCUAUCGGGUGCUUUCGUCAGACAUCGAAAGGUUCAUGCCCAUCAUUUAUACUCCCAUUGUGGGCCUGGCCUGCCAGCAAUAUGGACUCAUAUUUAGAAGACCAAGGGGGCUGUUCAUCACUAUUCAUGACAGAGGCCACAUUUCUACCGUGCUCCAGAACUGGCCAGAUAAGGACAUCAAGGCAGUGUGUGUGACGGAUGGAGAGAGGAUCCUGGGACUGGGAGACCUGGGCUGCUAUGGUAUGGGUAUCCCAGUGGGCAAGCUGGCCCUCUACACAGCCUGUGGAGGCAUGCCACCACAGCAGUGCCUGCCUGUCAUGCUGGAUGUGGGAACAGACAAUGAGGUGCUUCUGAGGGACCCUCUGUACAUUGGGCUGAGACAUAAGCGAGUGCGAGGCCAGGCCUAUGAUGACCUGCUGGAUGAAUUUAUGAAGGCCGUGUCGGACAGGUAUGGGAUGGACUGCCUGAUUCAGUUUGAGGACUUUGCAAAUGUUAAUGCUUUCCGUCUGCUGAGCAAAUACCGCAACAAGUACUGCACUUUCAACGAUGACAUCCAAGGCACUGCAGCAGUAGCUGUAGCUGGACUCCUGGCUGCUCUCCGCAUCACCAAGAGCAAAAUGUGCGAUCACACCAUUGUUUUCCAAGGAGCAGGGGAGGCAGCGAUGGGGAUUGCUGAGCUGAUCACCAUGGCCAUGGAGAAGGAGGGACUCCCUAAGGAGGAGUGUUUGAAAAAGAUCUGGAUGGUUGAUUCCAAAGGCCUGAUUGUCAAGGGUCGAGAACACCUGACUCAUGAGAAGGAGAGAUUUGCUCAUGAGCACCCACAGAUGAAGAAUCUGGAGGAUGUAGUUCGGGAAAUUAAACCUACAGCAAUCAUUGGUGUGGCAGCUAUUGGUGGAGCCUUCACCGAACAGAUCAUCAGGGCCAUGGCUUCGUUCAAUGAAUGCCCAAUCAUAUUCGCCCUCAGCAACCCGACCAGCAAAGCAGAAUGCACCGCUGAGCAGUGCUAUACAUUGACAGAGGGGCGGGGCAUCUUUGCCAGUGGCAGCCCGUUUGACCCGGUCAUCCUACCUGAUGGAAGAAAACUCUACCCUGGUCAGGGUAACAACGCCUACAUCUUCCCUGGUGUGGGCCUGGGUGUUACUGCCUGUGCCAUCAAAAACAUCUCUGAGGAAAUCUUUCUCACUGCAGCAGAGGCUCUCGCUCACCUGGUGACAGAAAAGGACCUGGCAGAGGGACGACUGUAUCCUCCUCUCAGCUCCAUCGGAGACGUCUCUCGCACACUGGCCAUCAAGAUCAUUGAGUAUGCAUAUGAGCACAACAUGGCCUCCCUUCACCCAGAGCCGUCCGACAAAGAAGCGUAUGUGAACUCACUUGCCUACAGCACCGACUAUGAUGAGUUUGCUGUGGACUCGUACCGCUGGCCAGACGCCAGUAUGACUAUGCAGACGUGCAAACUUUAAAGCAGUGUACACAGAGACAGAAUGAGCCCUGAAGGGAAAGGUGACGACUGAGAUGCAUCUUCAUCACAGGAUAUGAUGUUGGUAGAUGACAAAGUAGAAUCUUGUCAUGGAUGUGUGACAGUGAAAUAAAUGACAGCACAGGUAGAGGUCGUGAACAGGAUUUCUUCAGUUCCCCUUCAGCAGUGAAAAAAAAAUCAAUUCAAGUUUUAUUUUUAAGAAAUAGUGAAAUGAUAGAGGGAAAUAAAUGCAAUGUUACAGAGAAGCAGUUUGUAGAAAUUGUGAAAUACUGAACGAAAGGUAGUAUCACAUUACACAUACAUUUAAGAUAAUAUAUAGUUCUUCACAGGCAGUUACUUUAUGAUCGUGUCAGCUAUAUUCCAACUCUUUGUCAAAUAAAAAACCUUUUAAAUGAUCUUUUUCAUGUCGGAUUACUACAGUCAAACAAAAGAGAAAACAGGAAAAAUGUCCUUGGAGACAAAACAUAAAAGUAACUUCAUGAUUAUUUUUUUCCUGUAUAAGUUCAGAACAAGUGAGACACUCUUUAGUAUCUUAUUUACAUCUGUAAUUUAUUCAAGAUUCUUUUUGAUGAAUGUCAUGCUUCAUCACUUGUUUAUUUACUUUGAUUUUAUUAUUUUGAGAAAACAAUGGCAAAAAGCUCAGCAGGGUCAUUGUGAAAUGCUUAUUCAUGCUUCUCUGGCUCCCUUCAGAGGCAAACACGUGUCAUCGCAGUACACUUUGUAGCCUACUACUCUGACUUUAAUCAUCCAGUCUGUUUGCAAAUGUUUUCUUUUUCUUGGUUAUCUGAUUUUUGUAAGCACAUUUUAAGAGGAAACUAAAUCUGUAAUAUUUGAUCAGUAUUCACUUUAAUACAAUAUCAAUCUCCAUUAUAUCCAUGUGUUGUUUUUUAAGCAGACAAAUGAAUUUAUCAGGGUCUAUUUUAACAAAAAACAAUCUUUCUGGGGCGCCGAUAGCCAAACGGUUCUGAAGCUUGCACCAUGUAUGGAGGCUAUAGUCCUCAUAGCAGCAGCUCAGGGUUCGAAUCCUACCUCGGCCCAUUGCUGCAUGUCAUCCCCCUCUCUCUCCUCCCAACACUUCCUGUCUCUCAUCUAACCAAGGCAAAAAUCACCCCCCCAAAAAAACUUUCUACACACAAACAUACCAUGAGUUAUGUCUUUGUAAAAAACUACAAUAACAGCAGCAGGUGAAUCAUAAAGGUUUAUGUUCUAACAGAGUAUUCUUGUCCAGUGUCAUCUCAUUUAAGCUGAGGAUGAUUUUACAUUAAUUAAUCAAUCAGUGGCCAGACAGUCAGUACCAGAGGCCUUUUGUGGCCUGCUGCCCAUCCCGCUCUGAAAUCAAUAAAAAAGCAGUCAGACCAGUCAGGACUCAGAGUUGAGCGUCUCGCCGCGGGACAGACAAACAUUUGUUUUCCUCACUUUCUUUGCUUCAGCCUCCCUGUUCAUUCAGCUGCAGGCAUCGUGCACUCAUGUUGGUCAAUAAGUCUCCAUGUCAACACCAUGUGGUUGCCAACUUUGAAUGGUUCCUAAGUACCCCAACAAAAACAAGUUUUAUGUCAAAGUAUAUAUUUUAAAGAGACAUACGUUGUUAUCUACUUUUUUUCUUUUUAAAUAAAAUCUUUUACUUUUUUUUCAGCCAUGGUCAUUCAGCCCUCUAACAUAAUGAUCAAUAAGUCUCAAUGUCAGCAGUCAGCACCAUGUAGCCGUCAGUUGUCUAGACCAUAAAUGUACUCCAUCACAUACAACCUCCUCAUGAUUGUGUGUUUAAAUUAAAAAGAUCAUCAAACAUUUUGGCUUGACAGAACACAAAGAAAGAAAAAGAAUAAAGAAAGAUAAAAUGACAUUUCAUAGUGAACUUUGACCCUCCAGUCCUGACAGUGAGCUUUAUCACAAAUAUUAAAUGAUCUUUUAAUUCAUCUUGUUACAGGGCUGAUUGAAUGGCUGAAAUGUGAACUCAAUCAAAAAGCAACUGUCUUUCAAAAUAAAUCCUACCUAGACCCAGCACACCUUCUACUACUUCAUCACCAAAUGUUCUUUAUUAGUGAUCUCUUUGAUUUGUCAUAACAGUUCACUCAGUUUAACAAGUGUAACAGUUAUGUUGUAGAAGAGCUUUCAGUGUUUCAAUUGGUUUUUGUCGAAUUUUGAUUACAAUUAGCAGAAGCUAGACACUUUUACUUAACUAUUUUUUUUUUAAAUCAAAUUUCCAUUUUGCUUUAACUGUGUUUUUCAGCUUGUAUUUUUAUUACCCUUACCCUAUGGGCAACAGGUUACCCCGUGCACAGCCUAUACGUUCUCAGGUGCGCAUGGUUGAAGGAACAUACCAUGAAAAAUAAAUCAAAAAUCCGUGGCACACUGAAAAUAACUUUACUGUAUUUUAUUGUGAGCGAACAACGCGUUUAGCCGGUAGCUUCCUCAGGUUCACCCAGCACAAUCACGGCAUACACAGGUGUGUUCAAUACAAAGGGUCACGUGACCAAUCAUCACAAUCAUUUAGAAUAAUAUUAACACAGGAAAUUACAAAAAAGUUUUUUUCAGUGUGCCACGUAUUUGUGUUUUUCUAUGUUUGCCAUGUAACCAUUGAUUUAGGAUAAAUAGACGAUAUAUUCAAUACUUUUUUUAGCUUUCUUUUUGUAUCAUUUACAAGAACUUUUCGCUGCGUUAACAGAAUUCUCUGCUGUUUUGCCAAACUCCUAUUUUUCAAAGUCCGCCUUCCCCAUGGGAAAUCCCAUAUUAACCCCUGUGAUACAAAUAAACGCUCCUUUGCUAUGCUGAUUAUCUAUAAA